AUGGGAACCUCACAAUCAUCAUUGAUGUUGGGUUAACCUCUCAAGUAAACAAAAAUGGGAACUCAUUACCCAUGUGGCAUAUUAGAGAGAAAAAUAUAGUUAACAGAUGAACAAGUCAGCACACUGACUAAUUUUAUUAGACUUAAAGAACAGAAUAUGAUAGAACCAAUUUUCCUUAAAAUUCAUGCUGUCCAAAAGGAUGACUCUGGAAUCUUUUGCAACUCCAAUAAUACAAUAAAAAUCUAUACAGAAUUUAGUGAGAUUGACUUAUCAAAUGAGAUAAGAAGAAGACGUAUAACCUCUUAAACCUUUACUAACCAAGAACUUGUCUACAACUUAAAAUAAUUAAUUGAAGCCAUGGCAAUUUAUCAAACGUUCAACAUCCAGUAUAAUUUAUCGUCCAACACAUUGCUUUUUGAUAAAAUCCUCAAGAUCAUGGACCCAUACAUAUUCAAUCUUAAAUCACCCCAAUAGCCACAUUACAAAGACCAAUCUGGCUCUGUAUAUUCAUCAUGGCCAAUAGGAAUUAUACUAUUAGAAAUGAUUACACUCAAUUUAAUGACCAACUUAGUUAACAUGGAUGGAACUUUAAAUACUCACCUUUUUAAUCAUUUAUUAGAGUAAAUCAAUGAACCAUUCUUAAAGUAAUGCUUGCUAUGCAUCUUCGGAGGAAUCCAAAGGCCAACUUUCAUUCAAUUAAGAGAUGAUUUAAAUGGAUAAAUUAUAAGGUUAGAACCAGCCUUCCAAAUGUAGCCAGAAAAUAUGCAACAUCCAACUAAUUUCUCUAUUUAAGAACAAUCAAAAUAUUAUGAAGCCAUUUCUUAAUAACAAUAAAUUACAAAGACUUAAUAGAGUUAACCACUGCCACUCAUUCCAUUAGCCUAAUCUAAUUUAAUUAUCAAUUCAAAUGCUAUUUCUCAAAAAAAGGAAAAUAUCACCCCUAUUUCUACUACUAGAUCUAAUAAUUAAAGUGUUUUAUAAGAAAAAAUAGAAUAAAUCAGAGCCACAUAUUUUAAUCACAAAUACUAAUAGUAACCUUCAUAAGUGUAUUUGUAUCGUAAAAGUCCAGAAAAAUAAUCGGAAACCUCAUCCACUGGAUCAGAAGAUUUGAAGUCCUUUUCUAAAGGCUUAUAAAUAGAUUUAUAAUCUGAUCCAUUUUAUAGAGAACAAGAAUCGGAUGUCAAUACUUUAUCCAAAUAAUUUAAUUUCUAAAAUGAAGAAUAUAUUUGUGAGACUUAUCUAGAUGGCUCUAUUUAUGAAGGAUUUAAGAGGAAUCAAAAAAAAAAUGGACAAGGAAGUCUUUAUUACAGCGACGGAGGUUUCUAUAUUGGACAGUGGCAAAAUGAUGUUAUGAAUGGAUAUGGAUCAUUAUAUUAUCCUUCAGGGAAACUUGCAUAUUAAGGAUGUUGGGUCAAUGGGAAGUUUUAAGGUAAGGGAAUGCUAUUUAAUGAAAAUCCUAAAGAUUGUCAAGAUAUCAAUUAUGAAGAUUUGACCUCCAUUGGUGAUUGCUGGAUUAGUUAUUCAGGAGACUUUGCCUUUGAUAAAAAAUAAGGAAAAGGUGUAUUAAUAUUUACAAAUGGAGAUAGAUUUGAAGGAUAAUUUAAAGACAAUAUGAUAAAUGGACCUGGCACAUUUAAAUCAGGGAAGAAAGUUAUUUCUAGUAUUUGGUCCAAAAAUUUAAUUUUGUGA